UUGGCCGCGCUGAUUUCCGGGUUUAUCUGGGAACCUUUUUCCCUUGGGCGAGCCGGGGUUCAUUCGCUCCCAGAUCCCGGGAAUUGCCGCCUCUGGGAUCAUCCCCGGGGCUGUUCCCGGCCGGAUCGUGCCUCUGGAAGAGCCGCGCCCGCCCGGCCGGGAAUUCCAUGCGGGCAGUGUUUGCUCCCGGCUGAGUAAUCCCGGGAUUUGGAGGCAGCGCUGGGAAACGCCGCGUCCAGCGGGGCUGCGAGCGGCGCCCCGUUCCUGGCGUUCCAGGGCUUUUCCUGGAGCUGCCUCCCACCGGAGCUGGCAGAGAGCGGAGGCGGCGCUGCCGACGCCAGGAUCGGGCCGUCCUGAUCCCGGGAUCCUCGCGGGAGCAGCGCCGUUCCCGCGGGAUGCGGCUUUGAGGAGCUGUCCUGUGGAAGCUGAGCUGGGAAAUCCCGGGAUCCGGAGCUGGCCAUGCCGAGCCCCACGGCCCGGCUGCUCCGCGCCCACCAGGUGCCCGAGAGUUACCGGGAGCCGGGAAUUCUCUCCGGGUACCGCCCGCCCCGCAGCUCGGCCUGCGAGUGCCUGCUCAGCCUCUUCGGGAUGAACAACGAGACCCUCAACAUCUGGACACACCUGGUGCCCGCCGGCCCUUGGGAACGCCUGGGGGGGUCCCCUCAACACCUGGACACACCUGGAAAAAUCCCGGAUUUUACCCAAGCGGAGGAGCCUCACUGGGAGCACACGGCAAUUCCAGGAUAUUCCCACAGCCCUCCAGUCCCUCUGGAAUGCUGCCUGCUCCAGAGAUUCCCGGCCCUUCCCGAUGUCCCAACCCGGAGCUCAGAGCUGAGCCCAGGAGGAGGAGGAAUUCCAGGGGAAUUCCAGGGAAUUCCGGGAUUGGGAGCUGAGGGCCCCGCUGUGCUUCCAGGCUCGGCGCUGGCGUAUUCCGCCUACGUCUUCCCGCUGGAAUGGGUUGGGAGCACAUUCCAUGAUUUCUACGUCCCCGUGGCCGUGCUCAACUCCGUGCUCAGCACUGGCCUGUCCUGCUAUUCCAGGUUUCUGGAGGCGGAGCGGCCCCGCCUGAGCAAAGCCUUCCGAACUUUGGCCUUCGUGUAUCCCUACAUUUUCGACAGCAUCCCAGUUUUCUACAGGCUGUCCCGGAGCGCGGCCGGGAGCUGCUCCGAAGGCUCGCUCCCGCUGCAUUCCCGGCACAGCCUCUGCGCCCUCCUGACCUUCCUGAGCUUCACCUCCCACCUGCCCGAGCGCCUGGCGCCGGGGAGCUUCGACUUCAUCGGGCACAGCCACCAGGUUUUCCACAUCUGCGGGAUCCUGGGAACGCUCUUCCAGCUGGAAGCCAUCUCCAUGGACAUGGCGGAGCGGCGGGGCCGCCUCCCGCUGCCCUCUUCCCUGGAAACCUUCGGAUCCCUGGGAAUGGGGGCGGCCGCCAGCCUGGCCAUCCUCGGGGUCUGCUUCCGCAGCCUCCGCCCGGAGCCUCCUUCCCGGGAAAAAUCCCACUAGAAUCAGGGAUCGCCUUGGCUUGCCGGGAGCAGUCCCGUUCCAGAGGUGUCCAUGGGGGAAUUGGGUCGCCUGGAAAUAUUUCUUUGGGAAUUUUCCAAGGGAAAACUGCAGCGGUUUUAUCCAUGGAUGGCUGGGAAACGCUUCCCAUCCUGUUGUUAUCCACAGGGAAAAUGCCGAAUAAUCAGGAUUUGAUCCCUGAAAAGGGAGGGAAGGGCUCCUGCUUCCCAAAGGAUCCGGGAUCCCUUGGGUCUGCCUUUGGGAGAAAUCCAGGGAAUGUUUGCAUCUCCAGCUGGGAGAUUCCUGGUGAAGCCAGGCACUCCCUGAUUCUCGUUUUCCCCUUGGAUAUUCCUUUGGAAUUCCGAGCCUUGCACUCAGCCCAAGUGCCUGGAGAGGUGGGAUGGAGCGACUGGAGUUUCCCUCCCAGUUUAAUUCCCACUGGUUUUACUCUUUAUCUGGGAAAAGGGAUUCCAGGAGAGCCCCAGUGGGAUGUUCCUGCAGGAAAGCUCUGCCAGGGCCUCACUCCGGGAAAUCCGGAGAAGUUCAGUGCUGUGGGAAUUCCGAGUUUCCAUGGGGGGGAUGGAAUUAAGGAAUUGCAUCCUGGAUCCUGGGACUGGGGGUGGGGGAGGAAGAGCACACCCCAGCCUCGUGGGAUUUGGGAUCCUUUAGGAAAAGGUUUUGAAUGUUUUGGGAUUGGGAUCCGCGGGGAGACGCCAGGAGAAAAGCAGGAUUUGGGACAGCUCAAGGGUUAAAAGCGCCCUGGAAUUUUAAAGAAUUCCCAGAAUUUUCCCUCUGCUGUUCCUUGUUUUCCUUCCCUGCUGCUCCUGGAUUUUGCAGGAAGAGCCUGGAGCUCCAGGCUUUUCCAGGAUCCAGGAAUUCCUCUUGGAUUUCCCUGUGGGAACACAGCAGACAUUUUUUCUUUGGGAAUAUUUGCCUGGAUAAUCCCACGGGUCUUCCAUUAAUUUCCUUUAAUUGCCUUUGCUGAGGUCUGACUGCUGCACUUUGGGAGCUGCUGGAAUUUGGGAUAUCCCAAUAAAAUCUGGGAUGAACGGGUUAAAUACGGGAUAAAUCAAUGCUUGGGAAUGCUGAGCGGGAUUUUCAGGAUAUUUAUAAGCAUUGGAAUUGGUUUUCCAACGGUUUUAUUAAGUUAAUAUAAAUCACUGAUUUUAUUCUGCUUAAUAAUAAAAAUAUUCCUGGGAAAAUGAA